UACACAGCCUUACAUAAGUCACAACAGCACCAGAAUCAGGCCCAGGGGAAGGGCAGACCCCCUAAGUCUGGGGAGAACUUUCACCCUCCCUCCUGUUUGAAACUUUAAUUUCAGCUUUGUGGAGAAUUGCUUUUCAUUGUUUCCAUUUACAGUUUCCUCCACUUAUGAAAAAAGUUGUCUUUUGUCAGCUGGCCUGAAGAAAGUUGGAGAGUAACCAGCGUGUGGGACUGCCAGCCAGGAUUGCAUUAUGUCGGAGAUGUCAAGUUUCCUGCAUAAUGGAGACAUAGUCUCCCUGUAUGCUGAAGGCACUGUGAAUGGCUUUAUCAGCACACUGGGGCUUGUAGAUGAUCGAUGUGUGGUUGAACCUGGUGCAGGAGACCUUGACAAUCCUCCUAAAAAAUUCCGGGAUUGUCUUUUCAAAGUAUGCCCAAUGAACCGGUAUUCUGCCCAGAAGCAGUUCUGGAAAGCCAAAGAAGCAAAGCAGGAAAAAGAUAAGAUAGCUGAUGUGGUGUUGUUGCAGAAGUUACAGCAUGCAGCUCAGCUUGAACAAAAACAAAAUGAUGCCGAGAACAAAAAGGUUCAUGGAGAGGUCAUUAAGUAUGGCAGUGUUAUACAGUUGCUUCACAUGAAGAGCAACAAAUACCUCACAGUGAACAAACGACUGCCAGCCCUCCUAGAGAAGAAUGCCAUGAGAGUGACUUUGGAUGCUACAGGAAAUGAAGGGUCGUGGCUUUUCAUUCAGCCUUUCUGGAAACUGCGAAGUAAUGGAGACAAUGUAGUUGUAGGAGAUAAAGUUAUUCUGAAUCCCGUAAAUGCUGGACAGCCACUCCAUGCCAGUAACUAUGAGCUUGCAGACAACGUAGGAUGCAAGGAGGUAAAUGCAGUCAACUGCAACACAAGCUGGAAAAUUAACCUGUUUAUGAUGUUCAGCGAUCACGUGGAUGAAUUUCUUAAAGGGGGUGAUGUGGUCCGUUUGUUCCAUGCAGAGCAGGAGAAGUUCCUCACCUGUGACGAAUACAAAUCAAACCUUCAUGUUUUCUUGCGGACAACACUUCGGCAGUCAGCUACUUCAGCAACCAGUUCCAAUGCACUCUGGGAAAUUGAGGUUGUUCAUCACGAUCCAUGUCGUGGGGGUGCCGGACACUGGAAUAGCCUUUACCGCUUCAAACACCUGGCAACCGGAAACUACCUUGCUGCUGAGGAAAAUCCAGGAUAUAAAGGAGAUGCUCCUGAGGCAGGAACACCUGGAAAUGUCUCACGUGCCAAGAAGAGGAAUGCUGGAGAACAGAUAAAGUACAAACUAGUUAUAGUACCCCAUGGAAAUGAUAUUGCAUCACUUUUUGAGCUGGACCCCACCACACUGCAGAAGAGUGACUCCUUUGUUCCUAGGAACUCCUUUGUGAGGCUUCGGCAUAUUUGUACCAAUACAUGGAUUCAAAGCACCAGUGUGCCCAUAGACAUUGAUGAAGAGAGACCCAUCAUGCUCAUGCUGGGAACCUGCACUACCAAAGAAGACAAAGAAGCCUUUGCAAUUGUGUCUGUGCCUGUUUCUGAGAUCCGAGACUUGGACUUUGCCAACGACUCCAGCAGCAUACUGGCCAGUUUUGUGGAAAAACUGAAUGAAGGCUUACUUAGUCUGAAUGACCGAAGGUUUGCAAUCAAACUUUUGGAAGAUUUGGUGUUUUUUGUGGUGGAUGUUGAAAACACUGGUCAAAAUGUUUUGGAUGUCGUAAUGACAAAGCCCAAUCGUGAGCGACAGAAAUUGAUGAGAGAACAGAACAUUCUGAAACAGAUUUUUGGGCUUUUAAAGGCACCAUUUAAGGAGAGAGGAAAUGAUGGACCAUUACUGAAAUUAGAAGAACUCUGUGAUCAGAAGAAUGCUCCUUACCAGUAUAUGUUCCGUCUUUGCUACCGGGUGUUGCGCCACUCACAAGAGGACUACAGGAAAAAUCAGGAAUAUAUUGCCAAACAGUUUGGUGUGAUGCAGUCCCAGAUUGGGUAUGACAUUCUGGCUGAAGAUACCAUAACUGCCCUAUUGCACAACAACCGGAAGCUUCUAGAGAAGCACAUUACCAAGAAGGAGGUGGAGACUUUUGUUAGCCUUGUCCGAAAGAGCAGGGAGCCCAGAUUUCUAGACUACUUAUCUGAUCUUUGUGUGUCCAAUCACAUUGCAAUCCCUGUGACACAAGAAUUGAUCUGUAAAUGUGUGCUGAACCCGAAGAAUGAAGACAUUCUAAUCAAAACAGAGAGACGCCCCAUGAAGGAGAUCACCUCUGGAGCCCAGUACAGUAUGGAUGAAGGGGAUGACGAGGUGUGGCUGAUUUGGAUGGACAAGAAUGACAAGCAGCAUGAGAAGAGCAUUCGCCAGCUGGCACAUGAGGCCCGGGGAGGCAACGCCCACGAUGAGAAUGUGCUGACAUAUUACAGGUGCCAGCUGAAGUUGUUUGCCCGCAUGUGUUUGGAUCGUCAGUACCUAGCCAUUGAUGAGAUCUCCAAACAGCUGAGUGUUGACCUCAUCUUCUUAUGUAUGGCAGAUGAAACACUACCCUAUGAUCUUCGUGCCUCCUUUUGUCAUCUGAUGCUACAUGUUCAUGUAGACAGAGAUCCCCAGGAACUAGUUACUUCAGUGAAGUUUGCUCGUCUCUGGACUGAGACCCCUACAACCAUCACAAUCAAAGACUAUGACUCAAAUAUGAAUGAAUCAAGGGAUGACAAAAAGAAUAAGUUUUCCACUACCAUGGAGUUUGUGGAAGUCUAUCUGAAGAUUGUUUUGAGUGAAGAUUUCCCCUUCGCUGAUGAGGAGAAGAAUAAGCUAACCUUUGAGGUGGUGAGUCUGGCCCGUCAUCUUAUUUACUUUGGGUUCUACAGCUUCAGCGAGCUCCUACGACUUACUCGGACGCUUCUGGCUAUCAUAGACAACAGCCAGAACCCUAACAUUAUAUGUCAGCCAGUGUUCCAGGAUGACAUGGCAGUGAAGAGCAUGAAAAGAACUAUUCAUGGUGUUGGACAGAUGAUGUCGACCAUGGUUCUCAGCAGAAAACAGUCACCAUUUCAUCCCUCCAAUGCUCGUGCUGUUGUCACCGCUGACAUUCACAACAAGCCAAAAGAAAUUGAUAGUCAGAAUAUUACAGUCAUGGAGACAAUGCUGAAAAUCCUGGAGAUUGUUAAGUUUAUUCUGGAUGUUCGACUUGACUACAGGAUCUCUUAUCUUCUGUCCGUAUUCAAGAGAGAGUUUGUUGAAGUGUACCCAAUGCAAGACAGUGCUGCAGAUGGAACAUCCCUAUCGAACGAGGCAGCAGCUACCACAAUGGACUUGGAGCGAAUCAGUGAACAAGCAGAAGCAAUGUUUGGAGUGGGUAAAAGUAGCAGCAUGCUAGAAGUUGAUGAUGAGGGAGGACGGAUGUUUCUUCGUGUUCUAAUACAUCUGUCCAUGUACGAUUAUCCCAGUUUGGUAUCUAGCUCUCUGCAACUUUUGUUCAAACACUUCAGCCAGAGACAAGAGGUUCUGCACACUUUCAAACAGGUCCAACUGCUGAUAUCAUCCCAAGAUGUGGAGAACUACAAAGUGAUCAAGUCAGAACUGGAUCGGCUCAGAAGUAUGGUGGAGAAAUCAGAACUGUGGGUUGGAAAGAAAGCCACUGCUGCGAAGAGUGCAGAGGGUGAUGCAGGGAAGGCCACACAUGCUGCAAAUGAUGAGAAGAAAGUAUCCAACGAAAAAAGCAGUGACAACUACCAGCUUGUGAAAGAGAUUCUAGAAAAACUAAACAGGAUGUUUGGAAGUGGAGAACAGAUGCGCAAAAAGCAGCAAAGGUUGUUGAAGAACAUGGAUGCUCACAAGGUGAUGUUGGAUCUCCUGCAGAUACCAUAUAACAAAAGUGAUAAGAAAAUGAUGGAAAUUCUCAAGUAUACACACAACUUUUUGCAGAGAUUCUGUUCAGGAAAUCCUGAGAACCAAGCCCUGCUGCACAAGAGUAUGAAUCUUUUUCUGACACCAGGACUGCUUGAAGCUGAAACAAUGCAGUCUAUAUUUGCCAACAACUAUCAGCUGUGCUCAGAGAUGAGUGAGACGGUCCUGCAGCAUUUCAUUCACUGCCUGGCAACACAUGGACGCCAUGUACAGUAUCUUAACUUCCUGCAUACCAUCAUCAAGGCAGACGGCAAGUAUGUGAAGAAGUGUCAAGAUAUGGUUAUGACAGAGUUGACUAACGCAGGAGAUGAUGUGGUGGUCUUCUAUAAUGACAAGGCCUCCUUUCAAACAAUGCUGGAUUUGAUGGCUGAAGCUCGUGAAGGUGUGCCAGAUGACAGUGCACUGAGGUACCACAUCUCUUUGGUGGAACUGCUGGCAUCCUGUGCUGAGGGGAAGAAUGUCUACACAGAAAUCAAGUGUACCUCUCUCUUGCCACUGGAGGAUGUUGUUCGAGUUGUCACUCAUAUAGACUGUAUUACUGAGGUGAAGAUUGCCUACGUAAACUUUGUAAAUCAUUGCUAUGUAGACACAGAAGUGGAAAUGAAGGAAAUCUACACCAGUAAUCACAUCUGGAAGCUAUUUGAGAACUUCACUGUGGACAUGGCCCAGGUGUGUAGCAAACGGGAAAAGCUUCUUUGUGACUCCUCAUUGGAAAAGUACGUAAUUAAUGUGGUCCUGGAUACCAUCAAUGCCUUUUUCAGCUCCCCAUUUGCAGAGAACAGCACAUCAUUGCAGACACACCAGAAUAUAGUGGUCCACCUCAUCCAAUCAACUAUGCGUUUUCUUGACUGUCCUUGGUUGCAACAACAGCAGAAAAGUUCUGUGGAGGCUUGUAUACGAACUCUAGCUAUGGUCGCAAAGAGUCGUUCCAUUAAGCUUGGCAUUGACAUCGAAACCCAGCUUAGCUCUAUUUUUACCAGCAACGUGAACUCAACUCUUUCUCGGGGCUCUGCAGCUUUCAAGGCAACGACACGUCCUGGUCUGCGUACCACGAUCGCAAACCAGUGGGAUUACAAGAACAUCAUUGAAAAAUUACAGGAAGUCAUCCUUACCCUGGAAGAUCGUCUGAAACCAUUGGUGGAGGCAGAACUCUCAGUUCUAGUGGAAGUGUUGCACAGACCUGAACGACUCUUUAUACAAAGCAUGGAUACUAAACAGCGGCACGAGAGCAAGGGCUUCAUCUCCAAGUUGAUCCAACACACAAAGAAUCUUAUGACAUCAGAUGUAAAACUGUGCAUCAAGGUGUUGCGAACACUUCAGGAUAUGCUGGUCAAAAGAAACGACUAUGGAGAAAGGGGAAGUGUUCUGCGAAGAAAGCUGUUGACGAAUUAUCUAACCAGUAAAAGCAUUAAUGCCAAAGGGGAGAUCUGCGACAGUGAAGGAGGUGCUGAUACUGAAAAAUCAACAGACUGGUCCAGGAUUUCUGCAAUUCAAUGUCGGUUGGACAGAGAAGGUGCCACUAAACUUGUGGUGGACCUCAUUGUGAGCUCCAAGAAUGAUAAAAUCUUUUUUGAGAGCAUCAGCCUUGCAAUUCGGCUCCUCGAUAAAGGAAACACAGAAAUCCAGAACUCCUUCUACAAACUGAUGACAGGAACCAACAACAAGUCUGAGAAGUUUUUUAAGGUUCUUUAUGACCGCAUGACCAUUGCACAUCAAGAAGUUAAAUCCACAGUGUCAGUGAACGUGGGAGAACUUGGCCACAAACCACGGGAAGACAGAGACAGCUACGACCAGGGCUCUAAAGGACGGAUGGCUUCAUUUAUGCUGCCAAAUGUGCAGCCUCGCUAUAGUAUGGAACCAGGGACACCAGAUGAGCAUGAUAUGAAUGAGGCAACGGACAAGGGGGCAGAAAUGGGGCCAGGAAUCAUGAUCAUGAAGCCCAUUUUGCGCUUUCUACAGUUGCUUUGUGAGAACCAUAACCUGGACCUUCAGAACUUCCUACGGAACCAAGAUAACAAAACCAACUACAACCUGGUGUGUGAGACCCUGCAGUUUCUGGACAUUAUGUGUGGCAGCACAACUGGUCGUCUGGGCUUGCUGGGACUGUAUAUCAAUGAGAACAAUGUACCUUUGAUCAUGCAGACUCUGGAGACCCUCACUGAGUACUGCCAGGGACCCUGCAAUGAAAAUCAGACAUGCAUAGUGACCCACGAAUCAAAUGGUAUUGACAUCAUCACAUCCCUCAUCCUUAGUGAUAUCAGUCCGCUCUGCAAGUACAACAUGGAUUUGGUCUUGCUUUUAAAGGACAGUGCUUCAAAGUUGCUGUUGGCCCUCAUGGAGAGCAGACAUGACACUGAAAAUGCAGAAAGGAUGCUGUUUAACAUUCGUCCCCAGGAACUGAUUGAUGUCAUCAAGAAGGCACAUCAACAAGAGCAGGAAAUUGAAGAUUCGGAGGUCUCGCCGAGAGAAGUUGGACAUAACAUGUAUAUUUUGGCUCUGCAGCUUGCUCCUUACAACCGACAGCUUCAGCAGCUUCUGAAACCAGUGAAGCAACACCCAUCAGAAGAGGAGGGCAUCUCAUCAAUGCUGAAUCUAAGUAACAGGCCAUUGACACAGAUACUACAGUCCACCACCCCUGUUGUGGAAGAAGAAGAAGACCCCCUGUGCUACUACGAUGAGCACACAGCCCAGGUGGAGAUUGUACGCCAGGACCGAAGUAUGGAGAGAAUCAUUUUUCCAUUACCUAGUAUCUGCGAGUACUUAACUGAGGAAUCUAAGCACAGAGUCUUUACUACCACAGAACAAGAUGAGCAAGGCAGCAAAGUCAGCGACUUCUUUGAGGAGACAUCUUUCUUGUACAAUGAAAUGGAAUGGCAGAAGAAGCUUCGCAGUAUGCCACUUAUGUACUGGUUUUCUCGAAGAAUGUCAUUAUGGGGAACCAUCUCAUUCAACCUAGCUGUUUUCAUCAAUCUCAUCAUUGCUUUGUUUUACCCCUAUGUGGAGGCGACAUCCAUAGGCAUUUUGGAUUCUCCACUCAUUCCUGUGGCAUUCUGGAUCUUUGUCUGUUGUUGUGUUGUGAGCCUACUGACAAGGAGAUAUGGGCUUCGCCCACUUCUUGUAGUUGUCAUUCUUCGCUAUAUCUGCAUUGUAGGAAUAGGCCCUACACUUAACUUCUUAGGAGCACUCAACUUAACCAAUAAGAUUGUCUUUGUGGUGAGCUUUGUUGGAAAUCGAGGAACCUUUAUCGGAGGUUACAAGGCAAUGAUUAUGGACAUGGAGUUCUUAUACCAUGUGGGCUACACUACCAUCAGUAUUCUUGGCCUUUUUGUUCAUGAACUGUUCUACAGCCUUCUGCUAUUUGACCUCAUAUAUCGUGAAGAGACCCUGUUUAAUGUCAUCAAGAGUGUAACUCGAAAUGGCCGCUCCAUCCUGCUCACUGCUGUCCUUGCUCUCAUCCUUGUUUACCUCUUCUCUAUUAUUGGUUUCCUCUUUCUAAAAGAUGAUUUCAUAAUGGAAGUUGACAGGCUGACUGCUGACAAACCACAAGAACAAGUUCCUGGACAGGAGGCAGCAAUGAAUGACUUCAUGGAGUCAUGUACUGGUGAUGGAAUCAGCUGUUCCACUGGGAUUCAGACGACUGGAUCACAGGAGGAUGAAGAAGAUAAUGCCAGCGAGCGAGCCUGUGAUACACUGCUGAUGUGUAUUGUCACAGUCUUGAAUCAUGGCCUCAGGAAUGGAGGAGGAGUAGGAGACGUGCUUAGGAAACCUUCCAAAGAUGAGUCGCUUUUCCCUGCUCGUGUGGUGUAUGACCUGCUCUUCUACUUUAUUGUUAUAAUCAUUGUGCUGAAUCUUAUUUUUGGGGUCAUCAUUGAUACAUUUGCAGAUUUAAGGAGUGAAAAGCAGAAGAAAGAAGAAGUACUGAAGACAACAUGUUUUGUAUGUGGCCUUGAGCGGGACAAAUUUGAUAACAAGACCGUGUCUUUUGAAGAGCACAUUAAAACCGAACACAACAUGUGGCACUAUCUCUACUUCAUAGUUCUGGUCCGAGUGAAGAACAAAACAGAUUACACAGGCCCUGAGAGCUAUGUGUGGCAAAUGAUAAAGAAUAAAAACUUAGAUUGGUUUCCUCGGAUGCGGGCCAUGUCCCUAGUCAGCAAUGAGGGAGAUGGUGAACAAAAUGAGCUUCGAAUUCUUCAGGAGAAGCUCCAGUCAACCAUGGAUGUGGUGACACACCUCACAAACCAGCUGAAUGAGCUGAAGGAACAGAUGACAGAACAGAGAAAACGAAGACAGCGUAUGGGGUUUGUAGAUGUGCAGAACAACACCACCACAAAUCACCAUCACAUUAAAUCAUAAGUGCCUUUACCAAGAUGGAGAAAGACUUCAUAACAUUUGUGUCUUCAAUAUGCACUUAAAGCUGAAAAUGAACUUUUGUAAGGUUCAGACUCUGACUAUGGCUUUUAGCAGCAUUAAUAAUGCUGUUUCUUUUACCAGUCUUCUGUUCAUAAACAUGGACGUGUCGGCAUACAACAACGAACACAUUCCAAGCUGUGGCAGGCAGAAAGCCUACACACCGGAAACACUGGAGUCUGUUGCUCAGGAGUGGACGUAAAUUGCUGAAAUGGAAUUAUUCAUUUUAUGAACUGGGACUUAACUACAGUGUUGUAAUCUACUGGAGAUAGUUUAUUUUUAUUAUUAUAUUAAUGUGAAUGUUUGGUUUUACAGGGAAAAAAAUAAACAAGCAAAACUGACAACAAUACAGUACGUAAGGACACUAGUUGCAGUUACACUUCAGCUUAGUAGCUUUCUGCUGGAAAUGACUUUCUAAAACGGGUGUUUUUUUCUACAAUAGAAAUAACAUGGGUCCCAGAUAUCCCUAGUCCUUUCAUUAUUAUAGAAACUGGAGAUCGCUGCUAAGUUAGCAAUCACUUUUAACUGUACCCGUUCUUAGAUUUGCUUUUACUUUUAACCUAUGCAUAGUUGAAUUCUGUCACUUUUUUGAUGUACUGUUUCUUCAGGUAGCCUCUUCUAGUCAUCCACCACCAUUUCUAUGAAAUAAUAGUUUGCUGCAUCUUCAGAUUGCAGUCUCUUGUUCUAAUAUACAUUUUUGAAAGAAGAUAUCUAUUUGGACUCUACUGAAAACUUUGUGAUAGUUUUAUCCUCCUCCUCCUCCUGCCUUCUUUUCAUCAAGAUGGAAUAUAAAGAUUUUAUCUGUUCUUAUACAUGGCCUUAUUGCCAUCCUCUCAAGUGCAUCCUUGGAUCCUCCAGAACUGUACAUAGUAAACCAGGUUAGAGUCUUACCAUCUAGCUCUACAUACAGGUAGCCUUGGUUUUUCUUUUGUGAUGCCUGUUGCCAUCCAUUCCAGUGUGACGUCAGCUGUCUUCACCGCUCUGUCUCAUUGCUAGCUUACCUUUACAUCACCUGAUGUGAGUAAGCCUUAGUUAGUCAAUGGUCAGGGUGCAUGUCUCUAGCAUCUCUGUAUCCCUCUGUCCUGACUUAGGGAACAGAACUGUGAGCCAGCAAAGGCUAAUUUAACUGUUCCUUAUAGGUGAUCUACCCAUUCUCCAUCCUUUGAGGGGGAAAAAUACUCUUUUAUUUGGUACCUGAACUUCAUGACUUACAGACUUCCCAUCCGGAGUAAUUUUGAAAUUUGUCUUUAAGAUGAUGCUUUUCUUGGUGGUCAGUACCAGUAGUUGCAGGAUUUCAAAGCAUUAGGCUCAAAGUUUUAGAGAAGCACAUUUGGCCUUUCACAAGACUUGGGGAUCCGUUAGGACCUAGCAACAUUUCGUUCUGAAGAGGCUGUUAGAAUAAUCCUUAAGUCAAUCUCUUCACCUCCCUAGUUUAACUAAAAGAAUAACGUAGGAGAAUGAAAACCCUUCACAUCACAGACAACACAUCGCUAGCUCCAAUUGUACCUGAAAAUGGUACUUAAACUCAGGAGGACAGAAAAUUGUCAGUUUUGCUCCAGGGAGGAAGGAGCUAGCAUUUGCUAAUCAGACCCUAUUUGUUGUCAUCUUCACUUUGUUUUUCCAUCAGAUGUUAAAUUAGCCACUGACACAUACUUCCUUCAAAGGCCACUCCACUUUAGGUGUGACUCUUUACAACUUUUUCAGGAAUGCCUUCAUUGCGGACAUUUGUGUUGCAGCCACUUGGUUAUUGAUUCAUGCCUGUAACAAGCAUUAUUCCUUGGACCAUGAUUCUAUCAUUCAGGCCUUCUUUUGAACCUCAAUAUUAUAGAGAUCUGCCUUCUAAGCUUUUAUAUUUUAACCAUUCUCUGACCAAAUAAGAAGUUUACUGCUUUGGAUUCUUUUCAACAGUUAACUCAUCUGACAUCAGAUAUAACUGAGAUGUACUCAGGGCUGGGGGGUUGGGAUAAUGGUUAAGGUGUUUAUCUUAUAAACACAAGGUGCAGAGUUUGAUUAUCACAUGGGGUAAUUGGCUAGGCUUAAAAUGGCCCAGAAGGGCAGGUAGCCUAGUACUAAUCUAUGAAACUAUAUCUGUUUCUCUACAAGAAGGCCUUUCACAAUGUGUGCUUAUUACUAACCCAUCAUCCCUCUGUGUCACGAUGGCCUGUCCAGUCAGGUAGCUCUGGAUAUAUUUUCAUGUAAAUGGACUGGAACGUACAUAUACAGCUGUGUUGUUGUGUUGUGCUUUCUUAGUGGGUGGGAAGGGGCAAAACUAAUUGUUACAGGGGAGUGGAAUAACUUCCUAGGCCAAUGCAUAGUAUUUAUUACAGCGUGUGCAGGCAGGAUGAGAGAAUGCUCCCAGGCAGGAAAUCAAGAAAGAAAAUGUAUUGAAAAAAAUACAGAAUGCCAGUGGAGAUGCCACAAGACAGGAAAAUAAAAAAAUUAUUCUUAAGUGGUUUUGACUGUGUCAAUCACAAAACGUCAUCAGAGUAAUUAACUCAGAAACCAUAAUUACAUGAAUAAGGUUUCCAUACAAGUCACAUGAUAAAAUUAUCCAAUCAGGAAAAACAUUAAUCUUUUGAAAUGGUAUAAAAUUCAGCUUUUAAAAUGAAACUUCCGCGGUGGUGCAGCGGUAGCGUUGUUGCCUCACAGCAAGAGGUUCUCCCAUUCGAUUCUCGGCUUGAGUUGGGAGUGUCUU